UUUGAAUGUUCAGGCUUCUAAGUGACAGAAAAGCAGCUUGCCUGAAAAAUGAUUUUUUUCUGGCUUCUAACCAGUGUUAAUUCACUUAGAAACCAAGGCAGUUUUCUCCCCUUUACUGAACUCUGGAUUUCUUUUCCACUCAAGGCCCCUGACACCAAAGAAGGAAAUGGAGCGUAAAUCAGGCUACAGAGUGGCUGCCAUUCAUUCGGGAAGCCUUAUUGUUUUCCGUUCUUUGUUCCCCUCUCGACCCCUGCCAACCCCCAGGCCGCGCGGCCCUCUGAAGCCCUCACCCUGGAGCGGGAGGAGAAGGGGGAACUGAAACGCCGCGGAACCAGAGGCUGAGGGAGCGGCGCGAUAGAGGGAGGAGGAGCGACGGACCGGCAGGCCUAGCUCCGGGGCUGCAGCGGCUGAGGCGCGGGGAUGGAGCCCCUGCGGGUGCUGGAGCUGUACAGCGGCGUGGGCGGCAUGCACCACGCGCUGAGAGAAAGCUGUAUACCUGCACAAGUGGUGGCUGCCAUUGAUGUCAACACUGUCGCUAAUGAAGUAUACAAGUAUAAUUUUCCUCACACACAGUUACUUGCCAAGACAAUUGAAGGCAUUACACUCGAAGAGUUUGACAGAUUAUCUUUUGAUAUGAUUUUAAUGAGCCCUCCAUGCCAGCCAUUCACAAGGAUUGGCCGGCAGGGUGAUAUGACUGAUUCAAGGACGAAUAGCUUCUUAUAUAUUCUCGAUAUUCUCCCAAGAUUACAAAAAUUACCAAAGUAUAUUCUUUUGGAAAAUGUUAAAGGUUUUGAAGUGUCUUCUACAAGAGACCUCUUGAUACAAACAAUACAAAAUUGUGGCUUUCAGUACCAAGAGUUUCUAUUAUCUCCAACCUCUCUUGGCAUUCCAAAUUCAAGGCUACGGUAUUUUCUUAUUGCAAAGCUUCAGUCCGAACCAUUACCUUUUCAAGCCCCUGGUCAGGUACUGAUGGAGUUCCCCAAAAUUGAAUCUGUACAUCCACAAAAAUAUACAAUGGAUGUAGAAAAUAAAAUUCAAGAAAAGAACAUUGAACCAAAUAUUAGUUUUGAUAGCAGCACACAGUGUUCUGGAAAAGAUGCCAUUCUUUUUAAGCUUGAAACUGCAGAAGAAAUUCACAGGAAAAAUCAACAAGAUAGUGAUCUCUCUGUGAAAAUGCUAAAAGAUUUUCUUGAAGAUGACACUGACAUGAACCAGUAUCUUUUACCACCAAAGUCAUUGCUGCGAUAUGCUCUUCUAUUGGACAUUGUUCAGCCCACUUGUAGAAGGUCUGUGUGCUUUACCAAAGGAUAUGGAAGCUACAUAGAAGGGACAGGGUCUGUGUUACAGACUGCAGAGGAUGUGCAGAUUGAGAAUAUCUACAAAUCCCUUACCAAGUUGUCACAAGAAGAACAGAUAACAAAGCUGUUAAUGCUUAAACUGCGAUAUUUCACUCCUAAAGAAAUAGCAAAUCUCCUUGGAUUUCCUCCAGAGUUCGGAUUUCCUGAGAAGAUAACAGUGAAACAGCGUUAUCGCCUACUUGGAAAUAGUCUCAACGUGCAUGUAGUAGCUAAACUAAUUAAAAUCCUAUAUGAAUAAUUUCAAAAUAACUGUGAAAGGUGAUCAUAUGAUAUUCCUUCAUUUUCAGAGAGUAAUUCUGAAAUUCUAUUUUGGACUAAUUCUGGUGAAAUUUAGCUAAAUUAUUCUAAUCUGUCUUUAAUAAGAACUUUGGAUUUUAUCAAAAAAUCCACUUGUUUCCUCAAAUUUAUAUUACUGUAUUUGAUAAAAUACAAACUAUUGGUAUGCUUUAUGGAGAGUAUAUUUGCAUAUGAAACUGGUAAAUAUAUAUGUGGAAUAUUCUUUUUAAAAUGAUUUCAUAAACAAAUCAAGGAGCACUAGAAUUUUAGUGUCUACAUGAGUAUCUUGUGAAGUGUCAUAACAGGCAUAUUUUUAUGUUAAUUAAAGAAGUUUUUAUUUCUAAUUUUAAAAUAAUGAUUCUAAUUCUAGUCCAUUGAAUGUUUUACUUAAUUUCCAAUCCUGUAAACACUUCUUUAUUUCAUCUAAACAAAUGCAUAUGAUAUGUAAACCAAAUUAUCAUUAUUCAAUUUGUACAGCAAUCUGAAGAUUAUGUCAGGAAAAAUAAUCCUAAAUGUUUGAUUACCUCUCCAUCAAGCGGUACAGAAACUGUUGGUGCACAUUAUCUACGUUUUCCUCAGUCUCUAUCUGAAGGACAAAACUCAUUUUUCCGUCUUCAUUUUGUAUGUACUUUCCUUUAGUUUGCUAUUAUCAAAUCUUGUUUUUGUCUUCUCAGCUUCUGAGUUGAAUUUGCCUUUGCACGCUGAGGAAUGUAGCAUGGCAUUAAGAUUUCAGGGAGGAAGCUGCCCUCUGAUCCCAUGCCGUAUGACACUACUGCCCUUCCCUCAAUUGUUCUUUACUGUGGCAACAUACACUCUGAAUUAACUUUUAUGACUUUUAACUUUCUCUGUCUCUCUUCCUCAGUAGACCUCUUGGAAUUAGGGUUUCUAAUCAAACUAAGUCUUGCAUUGUAAAUUCUGUGGUUUGUGAUAAAAGCAAGUGACAAAGAGAAGAGAGAUGAAAAGAAACAAGUCCAGAAAUCAUAUUACAAGAUUUUAAUUCAAAUUUUUCUUCUUAAAAAUCAACUAUUUUGAGGUGGAUAAAUUGGAAGUUUGUGCAUUGCUUGUGGGAACGUAAAAUUGUUCAGCUGCUGUUGGAAAAUAGUAUGGAGGUUUGUCACAAAAUUCAACAUAGAAUUACGCUAUGAUUCAGCGAUUCCACCUCUGGCUAUAGACCCAAAAGAAUUGAAAGCAGGGACUUGAACAGAUAUUUGUACACCCGUGUUUAUAACACCAUUAUUCACAGUAGCCAAGCAGCCCAAGUGUCAUCCCAUUCACCCAUGAAUGGAUGCACGAAAUGUGUUCCGUGCAUGCAGUGGACUAGUACCAACCUUCAACAGGAAGGAAAUUCUGACAUAUGCGGUGACACAGAUGAACAUUGAGUACCUUAUGCGAAGUGAAAUAAGCCACUCUGUGGGAAGGGAGAAUGGGUAGUUAGUGCUUACUGGGUACAAAGUUUCUGUUUGGGGUGAUAAGAAAGUUCUGGAGGUGGGUGAGGAGGAUGAUUGCACAACAAUGUGAAUACUUAAUGCCACUGCAACUGUAUAUUUUAAAAUAGUUAAAAUGAUAAAUUUUAUAUUAUGUAUAUUUUACUGCAAUUGAAAAAAUCAUACUCUAUUACCAAUUUUUCAGAACUCAUAGAUAAAUAUGAAUAUAGGGAAGCUAUUAGCCAGCCCAUAUACAGAAACUAUCACUAUCUACAUUUUUCAUAUGUGUUCAAAGACAGAGCCUAUUACAAGUCUCAUAAAUUUCAGUAAACAAUCGGAAAUUAUUUUGGCACACUUUCAUGUAGGUUCUCUUCACUGCUUAAAGAUUCUAAAUAAAAUGGUUUAGAGUUUUACUGUAACUCUAUGAAAAUUAUGCUAUAAUUAUAGUAUCCUACAUUCGGUUGAGCAACAUUAUGCAAAAUAAGUGUCAAGUUACUGUUCACCAACUAUAAACACUUGAAAGGCCUGUAGAGACAUUUGCUUACAAACUGGAAGACAGAACGUAGCUUUGUGGAAUUUUUAAAUUAUGGAAAUGUAUUCACAGAAGACGGUGAUUCUUGCCCUUAAUUCGUAAUUGAAAAUAUACAGUAACAAGCAUAAAACUCACAUUUUAAUGAAGAAGUAUCUACCAGUGUCAUUCAAUUAGCUGAUGUAUAUGUGUGCAUAAUUAAUUUGGAAAAUGUUAUUUUAUGGAAUAUCUGCUAUAUGCUUUUGGUAAUAAUGCUGUAUAUAAAAUUUGCACUGGAAAUUCUUUUUCCUGAUAUUUGGACUUAUACGUUUAUUCAGAUAUUGGAAAACAUAGCUUCUCAUUUUCAAGAGAAUAAUGUGUAAUUCAAUCUUCAUCAUACCUAACAGUAAACUGAUUUUUCGUUCUCCUUUUCCCAUCAUCCCUGCUCUUUUAAAUGGCUUGCCAGAUGAUUCUAAGGUAUUUAUUACCCUGCUUCAUAUUUUUAGUAUGUCUUCAGGAUCCAAAACUAAUUUUAAAAGAUGAUCAAAUCAAUUAAUGUAAACAAAAUGAGUCAUAAUUGGAAAAUGAUUUUGAAGAGGUGGGUAGUCAUUGUAGGAGGGGUCAGAGCCUGACAAUCCUCAGUGGCAGGCAAGAAAGAGGAAUGACAGCAUCAUCUUCAUAGAGGACCCUGGACAUGGUGUUCUGGCUAUUAAAUCAGACCUGCACCACGGGCACUGCCCUGUGCCUGGAAAGGUGAUAAAAUACCUCCAACCUUCAGCCAACUUUUCUUCCUAAAAAAGUAGAGCCUUCUACAGAGGCAAAAAUGGUAGUUGAAAUUGUGAACAGUGAGGGUCCGCCCAGCACUUUUUUAGAAAUUUGAGGGUAAACUGUUGCUUGAAAUGAUCCAACUUUUCAAAGAGGUAAAGUUAUUUAGUAGAGAGACUUUUAAGUUGCCCUGAAAAUCUGUAUUGCUACCAUGUGGGAUGUAAAGCUGGAUGGAGUUAGAGGUGAGUGCAGGCAAUUCAACGCAUUGGUAGGGGUGGAAUUCCUCAGCAGAAAUCACCAUCUGGGUUUUGCUCCCAUCUCAACCUAGUUCAGGUCUAGAGUGAUUAAGUUGGAGACUUCUGAGGAGAGAGAAAUGAACUAAAGAUAAAUAAAACUGAUUUAAUUUUAGCUAUAGCAGAACAAAGAAGCAACCACAUUUCAUCUAACAUCAAGCACCUACUAAAGGAUGCAUUCUGCAGGCCAACUGUAUCCGUAUCCAAACCAAAGUCACUCUGGUUGCUCUUUUGAUUUGAUAACUUAAGAGUUUAGAAACAAGAGAUUUCUAAAUGAGCCAAGAUAACACAAUAAGGACCAAAUUUUAAUCCCACAUAGACAAAGAGAUUAAAGUGGGUUUUCCUGAAUUGCUUAUGUUAUGAACAGAAAGUUACCUUGUCAUAAUUUGGCCUUCGGCUUGGAAUUCUAACUGUUUUAGGCCACCAGUUAUGACACUGACUUACUAAUAGCUUUGGACUUUGGAAUUGAGUGAGGGUCAUAUAGCCUCAGCAGUUUUCUUGUAGCCUGUGAUUGCACUGAGAUUAUAUAAUUUUUAAAGACAUGGCCUUUGGACCUCUGUCUACUAGUUAAUCUCUCCCAUCUACCAUUCCAAUGUGCUAUAUACAACUAUCAUAUCGGCUUCUUAGCAAGCACUUUUCUGGUCCUCCAUCACACCCACCGAGAUGUCUAGUUAUGCCUUUCAUUUGAGAGUUCCCCCCUCCUUUUUUUUUUUUUUUUGAGAUGGAGUCUCGCUCUGUUGCCACCAUGCCCAGCCUCCCUUUGCAUGUUUUUUAAAAAGGCAUUAAGCAUCUUGCACAUGUUCUUUGGUUUCAGUUUGCAUGUGUCAACCUGUCUGCAUCAUUUUCUCUUUCACUAUUUCUUGUCUUUGCUGGUAAAAUUUUAAAGCUUCAGUUUAAAAAAAAAAAAAAAGUCUUUUUUGUUGUUUCUAUCUUCCGUUUCUCUCUUUAGGCUGUCUAGGAACAUUUUAAGGUACUCAUGCUCUUCAAAAUCUUACACAAUCAAGAUCCAAACUCCAUCACCAUUCGUGUCUUAGCUUGUGAAUUUCUUUCUUUUUAAAUAAAGUUGUUCAACAAAUAUGAGCAUGUGCAACGAGCUGUUUUGGCUUUGUAUUCCCCAAGUUCUCAUAUAAAUUGGCUUUAUAUUUACCAUAGAUUCUGAGUCUUGCUUUCUGCCACAUCCAGCACUUACUGAAGUCUCCCUCAAGUACACCACACUUGACUCCUAAAGCUUCCAAAAUCUCAUUUUUCCUGUAAAUAUGAGACUGGAAAUUUUCCCAAAAACUAGAAGAUAGGAAUUGAGUUCUCCCAUAGAAGAACUCUCUUCUGAAUAACCCUAGGGUUUUUUCACUUCUUUGCUUGGACCUAGCAUAGCUUCAGUGUUUACUUCAAAUAUUUGCUCUGUAUUUUGUUUGCAUUUUGAUUUCUAUAUUUAUCAGGACAGAUUGAAAUUAUAAGAGUGUACACAGAGAACAUGUUUGUUUAGCUAAAUUAGCACUAUAAUCAGAUGAGAUCACCUAGAGGGGCAGAGGAUGAGAGUGAAAGAAAGAGAGAGAAAGAGAAGAGCAGAGGCUUGGAGCUGACUUACCUGAAGAUUCAAUCCUCAGGUCUCUUUCUACCCUUCACUUUUGAAGACACUUUUCUCAGAGAUUCUCACCCUUUCCUACAACUUCAGCCAUUUUGCCAGUGACACCCAGAUGACUCUAAAUCUGCUAUUUUCCUAAACCCUAUUCUAGAAUCUUCAUGCUGGGACAUUUUUAACUUAGAUAUCUCGCUAUUCAAGUUGUAUCAAAUUUGCAUCAAAUUUAGCAUGUUUGCAGCCUCAGCACUCUCCAUUCUAUUGUCAGUUCCACUCGUGACUUUAAUAUUUAUGGUACGGUUAGUCUCCAGAUCUUCCAAGUUCAAGCCUCAUAACCAAAGAUCAUCUUCACCUUCCUUCUCACUCUGCAUUCCAUUGGUAAGCUUCUGUUAAAACAGCCUUCCUAAGGCAGGCCUUCUCUGAACCACCGUCUAUUUUUAGGAAAUCUUAUAAAAAGUCACUGAGAUUUAAAAACACCCACACAUAUAUUUGCAAUCAUAUUUGUGUGGUUGGUUAAACAUGUCAACAUUUAACAGAUUUGAGCCUUCUAAAUUUAAUCUAGCAUGAAUGUCAUUUUUACUAAAAUAUUUGCUAUUUUACUCGCUUAGCUGGUUCCUUACACAAGUCCAGUUAAAUUUCACGUAUGGAAAAAUGAUUGAAAACACCUAAUGGAAUGCGAUACUCCUUGUGUAGUAGAAAUGAGUUGAGUUUCAUAUUUGAGAGCUGAUCCUAUGAAUGAAUAGACAAUUCAUUGUCUAUUGUUGUCUAUGAAUGAAUAGACAACAACUGAAUAGUUGUUACGAUCUGAGUUUUAAAAAUGGAAAAUGUUUCAUGUUUUACAGAAUGUAAACGUCCACAAGGGCAGAGAUUGCUAAUACAUUUUUCCCCCAGUGACUUAAAACAGUACUGGCACGUAGUAAGCACUCAAUAAAUAUUUGUUGAAUGAGUGAAUAUAGGAACCAUACUGGAAUCCAUAUUGAAGCUACAUAGAAAGCAUCACACUGCGGAGUUCGAACAGUGUCUUUAAGUUGUUCUCUUGAAAACUAUUUAAUUAAUCUGUUACUGCCACUUCUUCCAUGCCCAGAGGAAUAGCCAAAGUUACUCAAGUCCGGAAGACAAGAUUUAAAAAUAAUUCUGGGGUAGGCUUUUGGCUUUUGGAAAGUAGUGCAAAUAAAAUUUUUUAAAAUACUGUAUUCUGACUUCUGCUCUUGACAACAGAGUAUAGAUUUAUUUCUCCCUGCUUCUCCCUGAAAAGUACAAUUAUAAACUCUGGGUAAGUAUAAUUAUAAAAUAAUGCAAGAGGAAUCAGAAGGAGAAUUCUGAAAGGCGGGAACAGGAAGACACACUGGUGAGGGACCCCAAGACUAGAGGAACAACAUGGUUCCAAGACAUCUGACCCCUCACCCAACAGAGGAAGGUUACCCAGGCUUGGGGUUUCCUGACCUACAACCUAACAACAGAAGACAGCCCAGAGAGGCUUGUUCCUGCAGAAGAGGGAACUGAAGUCUAGUCGGUAAUACCAGAUGAGUCUGGCUCUACCAGUACGGGGGAUAUAUCAGGAACCCCACUGACAAACAUCCAGACCUGAGACUUGUCUAUUGUGCUGAGAGAUGAGCACCCAGGGGCCUCUGGCCAAAAGCGUCUAACCCAGGAAGAUUUUUUUGUUACCCUGAGCCGGAGACUCCCUUCUCCCAGAGGUACCAUGGGACCCGGCUUGGGGGAAAAUCCUUCUUUCCCUAAAGUAACAUCAUGACCAUUCGGGAGCCCCAGCAGCACCAGAUAAACCAAGCAGACCAAUAUAACACUGCAAAGGCUUUAAAAACUAAAUUACCACUGGAGUCAUAGCCCACAAAAACUAAGCCAGAGCUUGCGUGCUAAACAUAAAUGGAGUGACUGCCUACUAAAAAUAAAAUACUAAAAUAAUAGACAAAAUGUUCAGGAUACAAGGUAAAAAAGCCUGUCAUACCAAGAACCAGAAAAAUCACAACUUGAAUAAGAAAUGACGGUCAACAGAUGACAAUACUGAGACAAAUCAGAUGUUGGAAUUACUUGACAAGGAUUUUAAGCAGCUCUCAUAAAAAUGCUUCAACGGAUAAUUACAAAUUGUCUUGCAACAAAAAAUAGAAAAGCUCAGCAAAGAAAUAGAAGGUAACAAAAGAACCAUUAUGAUAGGUGCACUAUAUGCCAAUUUUUAAAAAUAGAAAUAAAUGACAGUUAUGUAACUGAAAAAUACAAUACUGAAAUAGAAAACAUUCUGUGGUAACAUAAUUUGAUUAGCUCCUGGACAUUUUGUCUGUUACAUUAACUUUAUUUUCAGAAAUUUAAUUAUGAUGUGUCUUGGCAUGAAUUUCUUUCAAAGUGGCAGGUAUUUCAAGGUGAAUGUAAUGUCCUGUUUGGUAUUCAUUCAGCUUCUUGAAUCUGUACAUUUAUAUCUUUUGCUGAAUUUGAGAUCAGUAGUAGAGAGGAAAUGACAGAAGAUAGCAAUCAGUGAACCUGAGGACAGAUCAGUAGAAUUUACCUAAUCUGAAUGACAGGGCAAAGAUAGGCUGACAAAAAAAAAAAAAAAAAAAAAAAAAAA